AUGUCUGAGAAUAACUAUUCACAUUACGAGAUAUACACAGCUGGAAAUCUCAUAUGGAAGAUCGUCCCACCAAUACUGAUCAUAUUCGGAACUAUAGGGAACAGUCUUUCGAUUAUCGUGCUUACCCGGAAGUCCAUUCGGACGUCAACUACGGCACUGUUUUUAACGGUUCUCGCAUUAUCGGACCUGUUGGUGUUGUAUACCGGACUUCUACGGCAGUGGCUGAUCUAUCUUUUUAAGACGGACGUACGCCAUGUGAGCGUAGUGGGAUGUAAAAUAAAUAUGUGGCUAGUCUACAGUUCUUUAGAUUUUUCCGCAUGGAUUUUAAUAGCAGUAACAAUAGAAAGAGUCAUUUCGGUUUGGUUUCCACACAACGCGAAGACAAUAUGUACGAAGAAAAGUGCUAUGGCUGUUAUCAUAGCUGUUUGCGUGUUACUGUUAGCACUCAACGCACAUAUACUGUAUGGGAUGGGUUUUCAAACAGUUCUCAAAGAAACCGGUCUUCCAGAACUUGGAAAGUGUCUGGAGGUCUACGACGAUUAUCAUUCAUUCUUCAACAAAGUAUGGCCAUGGAUUGAACUUUGUGUGUUUUGUUUAAUUCCAUUUUUUGUGAUUGUUAUUGGUAACAGUUUGAUUUUAUUGAAACUAAUUAAAACCCGACGCAGAACCAAAACCGCGAUUAUGCCUUCUAUAUAUACAGUUGCGCGGGCGAGGGUUGGAGUAUCUGGCGCCUAUGGAAAGCAGUCGUCAAUGACUGCCAUGUUGUUAACGCUGAAUGUGGUGUUCCUGGUAAGCACGAGCCCUGUGAGCAUCUACAACAUCGGCUACCCGCACUGGAUAUCGGGUGCGUCCCCGCACCGAGUGGCAAAGCUUGACUUCUGGUGGGCAGUGGUCAACAUGUUCAUGUACACUAAUAACUCUGUUAACUUCCUUCUAUAUUGUCUCAGUGGAAGCAAAUUUCGGCGAGAGGUUUUUAGAAUAUUUCUCCGAAGACCCAGCUGUGUGGACGCGGAGGGGAAUUAA